AUUGUAUUUAGUUAAUUAUAACAAAUUAAUUAUUAAGUACCUUUCAGAUUUUAUAUAAAAAUAUUAUUCUUCUAUUUUUUAUAAAUAAAUUGCAUUAUGAUAGAUGCAACAGAUAAAAUUGAUAAAGCAUGUCAAGUUCUUUCUCAAGAAGUUAAAGAGCUGUACCUAGGAAAUGAAAUUGCAGAAAUAAAUGGUACAAUUAAUCCUUUAAUAUUUUAUCGUGAUUAUGUUUCCAAAAAUUUACCAGUAGUAAUACGAAAUGGUGUUGAACACUGGCCAGCUGUAAGAAAAUGGUCUAUAAAUUAUCUUCGAGAGAUUUUAGGCGAUAAAUUAAUUUCAGUAGCUGUUACACCUAAUGGAUAUGCUGAUGCGAUAACAAAAUGUGUUUUGGAAGGUAUAACAAAACAAUAUUUUGUUAUGCCAGAAGAACGUUCUCUUAAAAUGUCUACGUUUUUGAAUACUCUUGAAAAUCAUGAAUCAGAAAGUAUAUUUUAUAUCCAAAAACAGAAUUCUAAUUUCAAAGAUUUCAAUGAACUUUGGAAUGACACAGAAACAGAUAUUUCAUGGGCUACAAAUGCUUUCGGUAAAAAGCCUGAUGCCAUUAAUUUUUGGAUGGGCGAUCACAGAGCAGUAACAUCCAUGCAUAAAGACCCAUACGAAAACAUAUAUUGUGUAGUGUCAGGUGAAAAAACUUUUAUUUUACAUCCACCCACGGAUUUACCUUGGAUCCCAUAUGAAAAAUACCCGCCUGCUGUUUAUAAAGAAAUAGAACCUGGAAAGUGGACUAUUGAACCGGUUAAUAUAAAAAAUAAUGUAGAGUCAGAAUAUACAGAAAUUUUUGACACGAUACCAUGGAUAAAUAUUGAUCCUCUUAAUCCAGAUUAUAAUAGAUAUCCAAAAUAUAAAAAUGUACAAAGAUUAGAAGUGACAGUAAAAAAAGGAGAUAUAUUAUAUCUUCCUUCUCUCUGGUUUCAUCAUGUAAGACAAUCUCAUGCGUGCAUAGCUAUAAAUUAUUGGUAUGACAUGGAAUUCGAUAUAAAAUAUGCAUAUUUUAAAGCACUCGAGGUAUUAAGUCAAUGAAUAUAAAACAAAGAUUAAAUGUGAAAUAUUAACAUAUAUAAGGUUAAUACAUAAAUAAAUAAAAAUAAUA